AUGAUUUGCUGCCCGGCCAGCCAUCCUCCGACCAGUACACCGCAAAAUCUUAUAUAUCACACCCGCAUCCUGGCGCGCUCACUGCCGAUUGCGGGCGUUGCAUACAUCUCGACUCCAAACCCUUCACCAGUUCCCGGUACGCUGCAGCUUCAUUUCUCCCAGCGCCUCAUUCCCUUCCCUGAUGCUCAGCCUUGCUCCUACUGUCGCCAAUUGCUCGUACCUAGGAUAAGGAUAGCACCUUAUUCGUCCCCCACUCGACGCGUGAAUCUAUCCAUUCUGGAAUCUAAUCAUCGCCUCUUACCUUAUUCCCGCUUCAGAUUCUCUGAAGAGUCCAGACCCUUCCCACUCUUGUCCUCGGUUUGUCCAUCAACACCACCCUUCAUAGCUCAAAGGGUUGUCUCUCAGACGACCCAAUCAGUCCACCACACUGGCUACUCAGACGAUCCCCGCUAUUCAAGCCCCUCACUCUCAUUACCCACAUCGAUUCCCGUCUGCCUUGACUCCACCAUAUAUCAACGACUACAAGCCAAACCACUCAUGGUCGGGUCAUCGUGGUAA